CUUCAGUGGGCCGAUCUUGGUCUGCUUAGAAAAGAACAGAUGCUAGCAUUGUUCUAUAUAAGUCUUUCAAAAUGGGGGGCUGGGGAGAAGUAAAAUACCUAUAUGAUCAGAUCCAACAACGCAGGAUCUCGUAAUGCUGUUGUAUUAGUUAAUUAUUGCACUCUGAUGGAUGCUGUGUUCUUUCUGAAUGAAGCGGAUCGCACCAACUUACUCCAGUUGCUCAUGCAGUCUUUCGGCUGCACUUACAUCUGUCUCUGGUCCUACAUUACCCAGCCAUUCAACUGUUUGACAUUUCAUGAUGGAUGUUACAAAGAUGAAAGCAACCAACCCAGUUCCCCAACUGGAACCCUUGCUUGGAGGCUGUUCCUUGAAUAUCAACAAUCACGAAUUCCAAUCGAAAAUGACAGCCGUGUUCCGGGAUUUGCGUUCAGGAAUAGCAGGUCAUACUUUGAGUUGAGGGAUCUUGAUCUUCAAAGACUGUCAUCAAAUGACACACAGCGCCAGUUUUACCUGGAAGCAAGGAUUAAGAGAGCAGUUUUCAUGGGAUUUAGAGCUGGCGAGAUUGAACUAGGUUUCUCCAAUGAAACACAAAUUAACAUAGAGAUGGGGAUGAGGGAGUUCUUCCCAGAAGAAUUUUUGCAGUUGCCGCCGCCGCAGCCGCUGCCGGGUUUAGGAGAGCUUCCACAGCAGCUAACAGUUGAUCCAAAUCCAACCAUGGCAGUUUCUUCUUCUUCAUCAUCAUUGAGAUCGCUCUCCACUGGCAGCCCGGAGUACUCUUCUCUCAUUUUUAACAUUCCAAGCUUAUCUCAUAUAGCAACAGAGGCAACCGAUCACUCUACCUCGCUGCCACCAAUUUCUAGGAGAAACCCUGCAGCUGCCACUAAUCCUCACCACCAAGCAAUGCAAGCCUUAUGUCAAAUCCGAACCUCUCCGCUGCCAUCCCUAGAGUCGGAGCACGCUAUAAUGACACAGGCCUUCUUGGCUGCUCUAACCUCUCCUCCUCCUUCUUCUACCUCUGCUUUGCACCACCGUCCCCAGGAAAAUCUGCCUUACAAUUACCAGCUAAACCCAAAAACCAGUGCUUUCAAGCGUUAUGCCACUCCAGCCCACUUAGCCCCAACAACACCUCAGACAAGAGCCAGUCUACAGGGGCAGAAUAUGCUAAAUCGAUCAAUUUUGUAUUAUAAACGUUUACACGCAGUCAGGCGCCAACUUGGUCUCGGAAGCGGUGGUGGCAGCCAUCCCACCAGCACCCAAUUACAGCAUAUAAUGUUGGAGCGCAAGCGGCGCGAGAAGCUCAACGAGAGCAUCCAGACCUUGAAAUCACUUCUUCCUCCAGGAACAAAGGACAAGAUAUCGGUGCUUAAUAGCACAAGCGAGUAUUUGAGCUCCCUAAUAGCUCGAGUAUCGGAGCUCAGUCGCAAAAACCAGUUAUUAGAGACGCAGCUAUUGCUGUCAAGGGAAGCGGUGGAGGAAGUGGUUGAAACUUCCUCGAACGAAAGAACGAAUGUUAGAAUCAUCCAUAAAUCGGAAUCAACCUCCGAAGAAAGGUUCAUCGACCUUAGAAUCAGUGUGAGGGGAGAAUGCUGUGUAAUGGAUAUGUUAAUUCGGUUACUGGAAUUCUUGAAGCAAGACAGAAAUGUCAGCUUGAUGUCCAUGGAAGCAAACACCAUUGCAGCAGAACCAGGUCCUUUGAACAACAUAAAUUUCAGAUUAAGAAUUGAGGUUUGAAAAUUAGUAUCCUUUUCCUCCUACUUUUUUUUUAGAGAUUACGAAUUUUCAAAUUAACUUUUUCAAAGCAAAAAUGUGUAUGGAAAAACGUUAAUGGUAUUAAUAAAUCACUAAGUAUGUG